UAUUUCCACUAUAUUUGUUAUUUUAUUUAUAAACUAAAUUGGGUUGACAAAUCUUAUCUGUAGACAGUACCUACAUGAUAAUGAAUUGACAAAAUCUAAAAUUUGACAGUUACACACAUAAAAUAAUAUACAGGUUACCUAUCAUACGUAAUAAUUUAGUAUUAGUUUCGAGUUGUACGUGAGUGUAGUUUGAGUGUUUAACCAUGGAACUUCUUAAAUCAAACAAGGGAAAUGAUAAAAUUGCCCUAGACGGGUAUACUUAUACUAUAAAAAAGACAUGCCAAAGUAUAAUCCGAUGGAAAUGUUCCAAAAAAUCGUCAAUGAAAUGUCCAGCAAUAUUAAUUACUGAUUUGAAGAUGACAAAAAUAGUACGAUUUGAAGAAGAACACUGUCAUAGUGCUAAUAAAGGUGCAAUAGGAGCUAUGAAAAUUAAACAAAAGAUAAAAGAAUGUUCGCUUCAGACUUGUAACAAUCCAGGACAAAUUUUUGCCCAAGCUGUACAAAGUGUACCAAAGGAGGUAUUAAUUGAACUACCAUCCGAAGAUUCCAUAAAAAGAAGUAUUCGUAACCAACGAAGCAGCUUAAACCCGAAAAUACCAAAUAGUUUACAAGAACUUGUUAUUGAAGGUAAUUUGCAUUACCUAUUAUUAUAA